GCUAGGGCUGUUUUUAAAUGUCUAAUGGUUUUUAUACGGUUUGUAAUCCGCCUGACUGUAUCUCUCGGCUACAUGACUUCUUCCGCCACUUAACAUCAACCGUCGUUGACCCCGCUUUCCGACGAAGCCACCAUGGAAGAUGUCUCAACGUCUGCUGGAGACGCCUUCGAUCGCAAUCCCUUGGCGUCAGUUCAAUUACCCCCUUCUUCAAUAGACGCCCGUCCUCUAGUUUCCGUGUUAAGUAGUCCAAAAGGAGACAAACUAGUCUUAAGGGGUUUGAAAUUCCACGGGUUCCAUGGAGUGAAGGCUGAAGAAAGGACUUUGGGCCAGAAGUUUGUAGUGGAUAUGGAUGUCUGGAUGGACCUUAGAGCAGCCGGUAAGUCUGACCAGCUGUUAGAUACACUGAGUUAUACUGAUGUUUACCGUAUAGUAAAAGAGGUGGUGGAGGGAUUACCACAUAAUCUGCUUGAAAGUGUUGCGGAACACAUCUCAUCUGCAACACUAAGCAGAUACCCGCAGGUAAAUGCAGUGCGAGUACAGUUAGGGAAGCCACAUGUUGCGGUCCAAGGAUCCGUUGACUACUUGGGAGUUGAGAUCAUGAGAUAUAGAGGAAUUCACACAUAGAUUUCUCAAGCCCCUUCCUGGAUCAAUGCUUUGUUACCAUAAUUUUCUUUGUUCCAGUUUCUUAAACCUCAACUGAAUGCUUUGUUGCAAUUCUGUAUGAAUAUAUGUUCAAAUGUGAAGUGAUUGGUAUCUACGAGUAUUUCAUCCAUAUGAAAGAUACGAGUGUAUUUUACUUCUAUUUGAAGAAAUAACAAUUUCAAGUUAAAGAGUAUUUCUACUGUGCUAAUGGAUAUAUGACACACUAUAAUUCAU